AUGCGGUCCCGCGGCCCUUACCUGCGGCCCCGCCCUUACCUGCGGCCCCGCCCUUACCUGCAGUCCCGCCACCUACCUGCGGUCCUGCCACCUACCUGCGGCACCGCCGCCCUUAUCUGCGGCCCCGCCGCCCUUACCUGCGGCCCCGCCGCCCUCACCUGCGGCCCCGCCGCCCUUACCUGCGGCCCCGCCGCCACCGCACCGGCGCAGGCGUCGUCGCCUGCUGCAGCGCUGCCCGCCACCCGCGCAGCCCGAGCCGUCUCACCCUGCCGAGCAGCCGACCGUCGCGCCGCCCUGCAACUGCACCGCCGAGCCGCCCAGCAUCCGAGCAGCCAAGCCGCCGUGCAGCCGAGCCGCCCAGCCGCCCAGCAGCCGAGCCGCCAAGCAGCCGAGCCGCUGAGCCGCCGAGCCGCCCUGCAGCCGAGCCGCCCAGCCGCCCAGCAGCCGAGCCGCCGUGCAGCCGAGCCGCCGAGCCGCCGAGCCGCCCAGCAGAAGAGCCGCCCUACAGCCGAGCCGCCCGAGCAGCCCUGUCCGGGUCGGGCCAUUGACUUUGACGUCUGGAUAGAUGACCUGCAUCUUUUCUUACACUGCGAUAGGGCAGACGGUCUCUCCCUCUUUGACCUCACCUCUGGUGCCUCUCCUGCCCCUGCUGCUGAUGCUGACGCCACUGUUCGCUCCCACUGGGCCACGCGCGAUGCUGCUGCACGUCUUGCUGUGCGUCGCCACCUCCCUACCUCUGAGCGUGCGCACUUUAGUCAGUACAAGAGUGCUCAGACCUUGUACGACGCUGUAGUUGCACGCUACUCCUCCCCUGCCACUGCUGCACUGAGCCGUCUCAUGCUACCGUACCUCUUCCCUGACCUUGCUGCCUUUCCCACAGUCGCUGACCUCAUUACGCACCUCCGCACUAGUGACACUCGCUACCGCGCUGCGCUUCCUGCUGAUUUCUGCGCCAAGAACCCCCCCCCCCCCAUGUAUAUCACCCUCUACUACAUAGUCAUCCAGCUCCCUGACUCCCUUCGCGUAGUCAGAGACCACUUCCUCGCAGUGUGCCCCACCACUCUCACCGUUGACCUCCUCGAGAAGGCCCUCCUAGCGGCGGAGAAGAGCAUACUCGCUGUAGGGGCCUCUCGUGGUGACCCCCGCACCCCUGUCUUUGAGGGUCGGUCGCCGCUGCGUCUGCCCCUUCGGGGAAGCGCCGCGCGUGCAAGGGCAAGGGGGGCAAGGGCGCUGGAGGAGCGGGCGGGGGCGGCGGAGGCAGUGGUGGAGGCGGUGGAGGGAGUGGGGGUGAUAGUGGGAGUGGGGGUGCUGGUGGCAGCAGUGGAGGCAGAGGCGGCGGCGGUGGUGGCGGAGGGAGCGGAGGCGGCGGUGGUGGCGGAGGCGGCGGCGGUGGCGGAGGCGGCGGAGGUGGCGGUGGAGCAGGUCGUGGUUCUGCGCAGAGGAGUGGCUUGA